AUGGACACAGCCACCUGGGAGGUCCGCCGCGUAGAGGCCAUUGGCGCCAUGCCGACGCCGCGCGAGGGCCACUCGGCGGCCUUUAUCCGACGCACGAUGUUUGUGUUUGGAGGCCAGGAUGCUGCGGGCAAGUAUGACGAGACUCUGUACGCUUACAAUAUGGCCAACUUUACCUGGUACAAGGUGCCCAUGAAGGGCCCCGCCCUGGCUGGACGUAAGGGCCACACAACGGUGACCUUUGGCUCCAAGCUGUUCAUCUUUGGCGGUACAGCUGACGGCUACUUCCUUAACGACCUCGUGUCCUUUGACGUCAAGGCCGCGGCGCAAAACGGCCCUCACUGGGACUUUAGCAGCUACCAGCAGCAGCCGGCGCCGGCCCCACGCGCCGGCCACUCGUGCAGCAUGUACCCUGGAAGCAUCUUUGUGUUCGGCGGCAUGGACAGCGACCGCUGCUACAACGACCUGUGGGAGUACUCGAUGGAGACCCGGCAGUGGACACAGGUGACGCCCAAUGGCGCCACGCCCCCGGCGCGCUACGGCCACGCGUCGGCCGUCGUCGACGACUGCAUCGUCAUCAUGGGCGGCCGCACGCUGCGUGGCGAGCCGCUGAAUGACUUUUUUGCAUACAAGAUCUCGUCCCAACGCUGGUACACAUUCCAG